UCGCAUCCGUCGAGGAACGCUGCGAAGAAAUUGUCGUUCCGAUGUGCCGGGGCGUGGCCUACAACCGGACGCGCUUCCCAAACGGUUUGAAUCACGACACGCAAGACGAAGCCGGAUUGGAGGUCCAUCAGUUUUGGCCCCUUGUACAGCUGCAGUGCUCGCAAGAGCUGCGGGUGUUCCUCUGCUCAAUCUAUACGCCGAUCUGUAUGGAUGAUUUCCACGGCAGGGUUCCCCCGUGUCGCACACUCUGCGAGCGAGUCCGAGUCGGUUGCUCUCCCUUGAUGCAGUCAUUAGGCUUCGUUUGGCCCGAACGUCUCAAUUGUGAACCUUUCCCGAAUUACGGGGACCCGGAAAACAUGUGCAUGGAUCCCAAAGAAGGAGAACCACCGAAGAAACCGGAGCCCGGAGUGACAAUCACCGACGUCCUCUCACCGGCGCUGCCACCGCUUCCGCCUUCAAACAGCGGGAACGGAACCUGCCCUUGCUACUGUCCGCCACCGAUGGUGAAUACGCUGGCUCCUUCGUUCAAGAAGUCUUUCGUCCGGGAGAAGCUGCCGGGCUGCGCCCAGCCCUGCCGGAACAUGUACUUCAGCAAGGACGACCAACUGUUCACUUAUUACUGGCUGCUUGUGUGGAGUGUGGUUUGUUUGAUUUCGUCGAGCACGACGAUUUUAUCCUGUAUGAUCGACUCGUCGAGGUUUCCCUAUCCCGAGAGACCAGUCAUCUACAUAUCGAUGUGCUACUUCUUUAUAUCGCUCGGCUACCUUCUCGGUACCUACUUGGGGAACGAGCAGCUGGCCUGCGAUGGCUCGCUUAUUCGCUAUUCGAUACUCUCGAAUCUCGUGAAUUCCGUGCCGUGCUUAGUGGUUUUCAGCCUGACGUACUACUUCAUAAUUGUGAGUUCUCUUUGGUGGGUGAUCCUCUCGAUGAGUUGGUUCCUUUCCGCUGCCCUGAAAUGGAGCAGUGAAGCGAUCUCGGGAUACUCCGUGUACUUCCACAUGUUCGCGUGGCUUUCGGGAGCGGCGAUCAUCUCUACGGUAGUUUACUUCGACGCGAUCGACGGCGACUCGGUGACCGGUCUCUGUUUCGUGGGCAGUCAGAACUCGUUCAACCUCAACAUGUUCCUCAUAAUCCCGCUUUGUGCUUCGCUGGUCGUCGGCGUCUUCUUUCUGCUCAUCGGGUUCUCGUCUCUUUUCAAAAUCCGUAAAAUCAUCAAAGCCCAAGGACAACACAAGGCGGAGAAGUUUGAGCGGCUCAUCGUACGCAUCGGUGUCUACUCUGUCCUCUACGCCUUACCCUCAACGAUUGUGGUCGGUUGUCUUUUCUACGAGCGGCACUACAAAGAGGUCUGGAUGAACAAACUCACUUGUCCCUGCGAGCACAACGACUCCAUGUGGAGUCGGCCUUCUCUUCAUAUUUUCGUCGUGAAACAUUUCAUGUUCCUCGUGGCUGGGAUCACUUCGGGCUUCUGGGUGUGCUCGAGCAAAACUUUCAAUUCCUGGUGGAGAUACUUCGCCGGCGGCACCAAUCCCCAUCGACCUCAUAUCAACCCGAUUUCGCCGCACCUAGACAAACACGGAUCGCUCGGGACGCUGCGAAGUGCGCCGAGACUCGAUCUUGCCGGGAGCAUUGCCAACUCGGGCACGUUAUCGAACGUAUAG